AUGGUAAGAAAGAAUGCCACCUCCAAGAAGUGCUUAUUUGAUAAGUUUUGUUGUUUUCACGGUUUCUUUCGUGUUGUCGAUUGCCUCGUUGUUAUUGCCCCGUUGGUAAAUAUUUUCUCAGCGUUGGGAAGGAUCUAUGGUGGGGAAUAUAAGCUAUACUUUGAAAGUCCUAGACCGCAUUGGUCAGUUACAAAUUAUGGUCUAUUCACGAAAUGCUCAACAAUAAACAACGGUUGCCGCCCAUUCCCAUCAGAAGAAUACGGUGAUUGUGACGAAGAAGGCUUCUGUAGUGAAUGGAGAGCCGCGUCCUAUGAUUUAAUUGUCAGUAUAAUAAUCGGUGGGAUCGCGUUAUUAUAUCUACUCUUUUUUGUGUUGCUCAGAUGCGACCCUUCCUCGCAAAGAGCUGAUUAUUUGGUCGCUGUGAUGUUCGCAUUGAGUGCCUUUCUACAAAUAAACACGGUAGUAAUAGUCUCCUAUCUUAAGAACAAUUCUUUUUUAUUCAUGUACGAGAGUUUCGAUCUUAGUUUCGCGUUAGCGAGUGUUUCAACGGGUUUGAGUUUCGUUAUUGUGAUUUUUUUGGGAACGAGCGAGAUUUGGGCUCGUUGGCAAGAUGUUCAAGGAGGAUAUGAGCAAAUUGACUAA